GCUGCAGCUGUCGCUGCACUGUCUGCCGGGGCUUGGGCGCGCGCCGCGGAGCUCGCGGGGCGGACGGACGGGCGGGCGGGCGCCGCGCCCCCUGCCUGGCCGCCUGCGCGCCAGGGCCAGCACUAUGAGCAGCGGCUACAGCAGCCUGGAGGAGGACGCCGAGGACUUCUUCUUCACCGCCAGGACCUCCUUCUUCAGGAGGGCGCCCCAGGGCAAGUCCCGCGCCGGCCAGCAAGAUGUGGAGAAAGAGAAGGAGACUCACACUUACCUCAGCAAAGAGGAAAUCAAGGAGAAAGUUCACAAGUACAAUUUAGCUGUCACAGACAAGUUAAAGAUGACCUUGAAUUCAAAUGGGAUUUACACUGGCUUCAUUAAAGUGCAGAUGGAACUCUGCAAACCUCCGCAGACGUCUCCCAGUAGCAGUGGCUGUAUGAACACACUGCACAUCAGCAGCACGAACACUGUCGGGGAGGUCAUUGAGGCUCUGCUUAAGAAAUUUCUCGUGACAGAGAGUCCUGCCAAGUUUGCACUUUAUAAGCGCUGUCACAGGGAAGACCAAGUCUACGCCUGCAAGCUCUCAGACCAAGAGCAUCCUCUUUACCUGCGCUUGGUGGCAGGGCCCAGAACCGACACACUGAGCUUUGUUCUUCGAGAACAUGAAAUUGGAGAGAGUCAUUUUUCUCCAGCUGGCACCAGAUGACUCUAACAACACUUUGAAAGUUGACACUCUCCAUAUGUCUGCUACUAAGAAAAGUCUCCAGGCUAAUUUGGUUCUGAAGGGAAAUAAAAGGAAAUCUGAUCUUUUUACCACCAUUUAACUUUCUAGAGUCUUUGUGUUUUUUGUUUUUUUUCCUCUGUCAGAUGAUUAAAAAAUUAUGUUUACAUAUGCAUUGUUUGCCAUUUUCUCUCCUGGGAAGAUUGUAUUCAGGCCAGCUUCGUGGAAGAAAACAGCUCUUUGGAUUGUCCUUUAGAUCCAGUGUCAACUUUUUUUUUCCCCCAGUGUCAAUUUUAAAUGACACCUAAGCACAUCUCUCAGGCUAGGAGGUGGUGUGAAGUGAGAAUAGGGUUUUCAAGUUUAAAGUUAGAAACCAGGACUCCAACAGUCUGCAGGUGAGACAGGAGGAUUGCCUUGGGUUUGAACUACAGGGCCAGACCCCAUUUCAAAAAAAUAGAAAAGGAAAUAAAUCAGGGCUCUGCGUCUGGCUGGCUGUUAGCUUGGGAUCAUGACUGAGUGAGUCCUCUAACCUUCAGCCGUGUGUUUAAGAGCUGUAAAAAGUGGACUGACUGUGGCUUUUAGUUACCCAUGAGGAUGCACCUAAACCUGGUGAAUGGUAUGUCUACCUGUAUGUGAGAGUUCAGGGAAUCCUAGGAGACAGUUGGGAAGCUUUGUAAGAAAUUUGGGCUCCAAUUUGAGGAGAAGGUGGGGUACAGAAGUCUCACUGGGUUUUGAAGUUGGCAGCAUCCCCUCUGAGAACCCUGCACUGGCCGAGUUAGCCAGCCUUUUGCAGGUUUUAUUCCCUUGUACUGGACCUCUAGCAUUUCCCAUAAUGGGUGUGAUUACAGCAGCCUUGUGCGAGGAACUAGUUUUUGUUUUUUGGAUUGGGGACCAAACUCAGGCAGGCACAUAUGCCACUGAGCCACAUCCCUAGCCUGGACUAGUCUUGAAGUUAGCAUUUUGCUUUAGUGUUUGGGAGUGCUUUAUUGGCUCUUUGGGCUCUUGAUUCUUGCUUGGUUCCUGAAACCUAAAUGAGGGAGUAAACUUGCAUAGCUGCUAGGGCUGGGCUGGAAGCAGAAGGGUUUUUUGGUUUUUGGUAUUGGGACUUGAACUCAGGACCUUGCACUUGCCAGACAGGUCUUGUGCCGCUGAGCUAUACCCCUGGCCCAUGAAAAGGUGUUUUUUAAUGUCUGCAGCUUGAAACCCUUGUGAAAAUUUGUGACAGGAUUUCCUCAAGUAGAAAGUCAUGCUCUUGUCCGUGCUUCUCAUUUGCUGUAACAACCUGCUGCAGCUCGCCUCCGAGAAGCUCCUGUUGCUUGUUCCUCCCGCUGGUGUUUUCACUGUCCUCUUCAUGCAUUUUUAUCCGGCUGUCCGGAGUUUUUCUCCGCAUCACUGGACAGCCCUCCUGGCCUUGGCAGUGGCCCUCCCAGCCCCUGACUCUUGGGAGACUGGAGGAUGUCGGAUCCGCUCCUUGACCAAGUUGUAAAAGAUGAAUAGGUGCUGUUAGGGAAACAGAAUCACAAGCCUCAAGGGUGAGAGACAGGUCCCGAACAGCCACAGCCGCAGGGGAGGUGAGGCGCAGGGGAGGGCACUGCCAAAGACAGUCUUGGCCAUAACUGCGUGCGCGCCUCUCCUGCCCUCUCCCACCCUCUUUCCAUGCUGCGUAAUGGUGCGCAUGAAUGUCCUGGCUGAUGCUCUCAAGGGCAUCAACAAUGCUGAAAAGAGGCAAAUGCCAGGCCCUCAUUAGGCCGCGCUCCAAAGUCAUUGUCCAGUUUCUGUAAUGAUGAAGCAUGGUUACAUUGGUGAAUUUGAAAUAAUUGAUGAUCACAAGGCUGCGAAAAUUGUUGUCAACCUCACAGGCAGGUUAAACAGGUGUG